AUGACCACACAGUGGAGGCUGAAGACAAAGACAGGGAUUUGUUUGCUGCAGGAUGGUAAUCAGGAGCCCUUCAAAGUGCGGCUGCACCUGGCCAAGGAUAUUCUGAUGAUCCAGGAACAGGAUGUGAUAUGUGUGUCUGGUGAGCCUUUCUAUUCUGGUGAGAGAGCCGUGACCAUCAGAAGACAGACUGUGGGAGGAUUCGGACUAAGCAUCAAGGGGGGAGCAGAACAUAAUAUUCCUGUCGUCAUUUCAAAAAUCUCCAAGGAGCAAAGAGCGGAACUCUCAGGACUGCUGUUUAUCGGGGAUGCCAUUCUGCAGAUAAAUGGGAUUAAUGUGAGAAAAUGCCGACAUGAAGAAGUGGUUCAAGUUCUUCGAAAUGCUGGAGAAGAAGUGACCCUAACGGUCUCAUUUCUGAAAAGAGCACCUGCUUUCCUCAAGCUCCCACUGAACGAAGACUGUGCGUGUGCUCCCAGCGACCAGAGCAGCGGCACGUCCUCACCUCUUUGUGACAGCGGUUUGCACCUCAACUACCACCCCAACAACACAGACACGUUAUCCUGCUCCUCGUGGCCCGCGUGCCCCGGGCUGAGGUGGGAAAAGCGAUGGUGCGACCUCAGACUGAUCCCUCUGCUGCACUCCCGCUUCUCCCAGUACGCGCCGGGGACGGACCUGAGCCGGCAGAACGCUUUUCAAGUCACGGCAGUGGACGGGGUCUGCAGCGGAACCCUCCAGUGCCUCUCGGCUGAAGACUGCAGUGAGUGGCUGCAAGCAAUAGCGACGAACAUCUCCAACCUCACAAAGCACAAUAUUAAAAAAAUCAACAGAAACUUUCCUGUAAACCAGCAGGUCGUCUACAUGGGCUGGUGCGAGGCCCGGGAGCCGGACCCCAUCCAGGACCGCGCGUACACACCGGCGUUCCUCGCCCUGAGGGGCUCGUGCCUCUACCGGUUCCUGGCACCUCCAGUGACCACGUGGGACUGGACCCGGGCAGAGAAAACAUUUUCAGUUUAUGAGAUUAUGUGCAAGAUUCUCAAGUGCAAGACGUACGCGUGUGUGCUGGACGGUCACCUGAUGGGGCUCACCAUCGACUUCAGCUCCGGCUUCAUCUGCUUUGACGCGGCCACCAAGGCUGUGCUUUGGAGGUAUAAGUUUUCUCAGCUUAAAGGCUCUUCGGAUGAUGGCAAGAGCAAAAUCAAGUUUUUGUUUCAGAAUUCAGAUACUAAACAGAUUGAAGCAAAGGAGCUGGAGUUUUCAAACCUGUUCGCCGUUCUUCACUGCAUUCACUCAUUCUUCGCUGCCAAAGUGGCUUGUCUGGACCCUUUCUUCCUGGGCAGCCAGGCCGCGACGUCCGCUGCUUCCAGCUCGGGGCUGACGGGCAAAGCCAAGUACACGACCUGACGGCUGCGCUCGGCGUCCCGCUUGCCGCGACCUGUGAGCGGGACGGAACGGUGGCCACUCGCUUCGGACGCUGGAGAAGCAAGCGCACCACCGAGGCCACCGCGGAAUCGCAUGGAAACCGCAACAGAAAAAAGAAAAAAAAAAA